AUGGAGAGACGCAACCGUUCUCAUGCUGGGACCUACUACUGUGCUGUCGCUGCAUGUGGACACAUUGUGUUUGGAGACGGGACCAAGCUGGAGUUUGAUGAUGAGGUGGACUGGCUGGUGGUUUUCUUGAGUGCGACUCUCAGCAAUCACCACCCUGCUGAGUGUUUACUGGGCUUUCAAUAUGUGCAUGAUGAGGGUUACAGGGCAGAAUAUCACGUUGUGGAGGUCCAGACCGGUGAAGAGGUCACGCUGGUACCAACUACACCAGUUCUCUACAUAUCAUGGUUCAGACUGGAAACGGAUCCAACACCAGCCACAUUCUCCAUGUUUUCCUUGACACAGGUGCAUCGUGACUUCAGUGGGUUUGAAAAAGAAAAGUUCAGCAUGACAUCCAACGCCAAACAGUCUGAUGAACACGCAAAUCUGACCAUCGAGAUCCUCAUGGGCGGUCUGAUUAUCGUCCUCAUUAUAAUCAUCAUCGCUCUGGUUCUGAAAAUCUGGAAACUUCAUACAGCACAUAAAGAGGCACAGGAUCCACAACACAGUAAGAAUGUGGGCUCUGAUGACCUGAACUACGCAGGACUGAGUUUCCUUCCAAGAGCAGAGCGGAGCAGAAGGCCUGCUAGAGAGAGAGAGCCGGAGCCUAAUGUUGUCUACGCCACCACCAUGCACUCAAGAAACCACCGGAACUGA